GGGCCCAGUAACAGAAGCGUGGCUGCUUUUUGGCACAUGGUUUGGCAGGAAGGAGUUCAUUGCAUUGUCAUGGCCACUGGCCUCUUUGAAAAUGCUAUGCAACAGUGUGAAAAGUACUGGGAUGAUCUCCUAAGUAUUACGAAGUAUGUCCGUCAUGGUGACAUCCACAUCUGGACGGAGGACAGCAUUCUACUGGCACAGCUGAACAUCAGGACAUUUAGAAUUCAAAAGGAAGGAAGUGCGGAGCAGAGAGUAGUAAAACAGUUUGAGAUGAUUGGUUUCCAUGACAACGAGAGCACGGACACCGGGCUCAUUCUGGAUGUGCGGAGGCGCAUGCAUGCAUUCACAAAAAGAACAACGGGUCCUGUCCUAGUACACUGCAGGUAUAUGGCUAAAACUCGACGCGUCUGUAGGUCGGGGGUGGGGAGUAUAUGA